UUGCGAUCGAAACUUUGUAUUGUAAAGCGCCUUGAAGCAACAUCUUUAAGGGAAUUUUGUCUGUUGCAUUGGUAUUUCUAACUAUCAUUGGUAUUUCAGUACAUUUAACCUAGACAUAAAGCCACAGAGCAGCCACAGAGUAUGGCUGCGUACUGUUUCACGAAAUGACUUUGUCGGUGAAGAUGAGUAAUUAUUUAAUAUUCAAGUGAAUAAUUAUCAUUUUAAACAUUUCGUUUAGCAUGGAAUUGGGCUUAUCGAACACACUAUUAGCAGGUGAUCCACGGUUAGUGGAUCACAUUGUAGGAGAAGUUAAAUCUCAAGGAAUCUUUGAUCAGUUUCGUAAAGAAUGUAUCGCUGAUGUUGAUACAAAGCCAGCAUAUCAAAAUUUACGUACAAGAGUCGAAGGAUCCGUGAAUUCUUUCCUUAGCAAGCAGCCAUGGAAACCAGAUUUAAACAAAAAUCAGUUGAGGGAAACCUUGCGAAAACAUAUACACGAAGCUCCUUAUUUGGACGCUGGUGUAGAACGUAUAGUGGAUCAAGUUGUAAAUCCAAAAGUAUAUUCUGUCUUCAUGCCUCAAAUUGAAGAUGUAGUAUACAAGUUUUUAGGUAUAGAAAGACCUAAGGCAAAAGAAAAAAAUGGUGCUUGUGGCCUUAAAGAUUUAUUACCUAAGGAUUUAGAUCCUGUUUCACCAGAGUCUGACAAAAAUAGUUUAAAAGAUGUAUCUUUGGAAUCUGUGGACGCGAUAGAGAAUUUAGAUACGAGAAAAGAUGACAAAUUAUUUAAUGAACAAAAAUCACAGGAGGAAGAUGUUUUCAAUGAAAAAUCUAAGGAUAACAUCUCGGAAAACGGGCAAAUUUUUUCGGAAGAAAAAGUAUUAGAUGAAAACGAUAAAACUUUUAAUAAGACUGGUAGUAAUUUAAAUUUAAAUACGUCUGGAAAAUCAGAUGAUAAAACAGAAGAUGAUGAAGAGGAUAGUCCUACUUUUGAACCAAUUGAUAUUAUGAAUUUAAAUGAAUCCAAUAUCUCCAAUGAUUCACAUUUAUCAGGAAUAUCAGAAUUAACUAGCCAUAGAUCAAGAAGUCCUGAUUUUUGUAACGAAUUAUCGAGGGAUAAUUUUGAUUACAGUAAUCAAGAUUCGCAGUUAAGCAAAGUUUCUUCUGAUUCUCGAUUAUCUAUUGUAACAGAUUUCGGAUCUUCGAAUCAUGCAUCGACACCAAUUAAUGAUUCGUUAAAAGAUGAAGUCAAUAAAGAUAAAUGUGAUGUUAGAAAUAUUAAAGACAAUUUUAAAGCUGUCAGAGAAUAUGAAUCCAGUAAAAGUAAAAGUAACAAAAAUAUUUUUGAAUUAAAUAAAAAUAAAGAUGCGCAAGAUAUUAAAGAUUCUAAAAAUAAUAAAAACAAUUUAUCGUCUAAAGAAAACUCGCGUGAUGCAACGGAUAGUAGUAUAAAAGACAAAUAUGAACAUAAAAAUAACAAAGAUAAAAAUAAGGAUAGUGAAUCUAAAUCAAAACCCAAAGAUAAAAAUCACAUAAAAGAUGAAAAACAUCAUAAAGAUAAGAGUAGCAGCAAAAAGCAUAGAAGCCACAGUAGCUCAAAAUAUGAUAAAUAUGAUAAAAACAAAUCUAAAGACAAAAGUGAUCAACCCAAGGAGAAUGCGGAUAAGAUUAAAGAUACAGAGAAAGAUAAUUGUGCUACAGUAAAGGAAGACAAGAUAAAAGAAACAGACAAGAAAGAUAAUAUUAAUAAGGAAGGGAAGGAUCUAAAAGAUCUGUACAAAGAAAAAAUUAGGGAACUUAGAGAAAAGAAGGAACUUACAGAAAAAGAAAAAUUAAAUAAAGAUAACAAAGAAACAAAAUCAAAUAAAGAAAAUAAAGAUAGAAAAGAUUCUCCAAAAGAUAAGAAAUCUUAUAAAAAAGAUCAUAAAAGUUCUUCCAAAAAUUCUUCAAGUUCUCACGACAUUAAAAUAGCGAAAACAUCUGAAAAAGUUAUCGAUGGGAAAGAGAAAAAGAGUGAAUCAAAGGAUAAAGAUAAAAAUAAGCGUGACGAAAGACGUAGUUCUAAAGAUCAUGUAAAAUCUAAAAACCACGUUAGUACUAAAUCAGAUUCUGAAAAAUUAGAUAAACAAGAUAUAAAGAAAAUUAUUAAAAAUGAGAAGGAUGAAAAAAUUGAAAAAUCUGAGGUAAAAAAAGAUACUAAACCAAAUAGUGAAAAAGUAAAUUGUAAAAAAGAUGCAAAAAAUUACGCGCAAAACAAAAAGUUAGAUAGCAAAAAGGAAGUUAAAAAUGAUGCACAGGAAAAGGAUAAAAAGCGGAAAGAAGAGAAAAAGUCUAAGUCAAAGGAUGAUCAUUCAAGUUUAAGAAGAAAUUCUAAUGAUCGACGUUCUACAGAUAGAGACGGUUCAAAUGGUUCAAGUAGUAAAAGCUCACAAGCUAGCAAUGCAAGUUCUAACAUUACAAAUAAUAAGUCUAAUACAUCUACUUUUUCCAAAGAAACAAACCAUGUGAGUAAUUCUGGUAGCGAAAUAUCGGACAGUAUCGACGAAGUAUAUACAAGCGAAUCAAAAUUAUCGCCAGAACAAUCGAAUUAUAAAUUAGACAAAGGAACAGAACACACGGAGUACAAAACAGAUGAUAGUAGUAAUUAUGAAGUACAUAUUAAACAGGAACCAGAAUUGAAUGAUGGUAACUUACCUUUAAAGAAACGAGCGUUAUUUGGAGAAGAUAACAGCACUUUAGGAGAAGUGAAAGUGAAAAAACCAAAAUUUGCCAAAAAUUUUCAUGAAGCUAAGAAACUAAUGAAAAUUAGGAAACAAAUAGAAAAACAGAAACUUAAAGAACAUAAAAAAUUAGAAAAGAAACUUCAACAGAAAAUACAAUCGUCACAAUCAAAUACGAUGAAUAAUGAUAAUUUUGAAAGUAUGCCGGACGAAGAACGUGUUCAAAUAAUAGAGGUAGCAGAUGAUGAAUAUGAUGAGCCAUACCCUGAGAAACAAACUGAUUUGACAUUAGAAGAAAGAUCAAUUAUGAUGUUACAAACAGAAGCAGGUACAAAAGAUUUGUUAGAAACACGCUCUGAUUUAAAAUUGAAAUUAUCAGACAUGGAAUUGUGUAUAAGGCAAUCCUUGAGUGAAGCGCUUCCCAAUAAAAAACUAGAAAAUGUAUCUUCGCAACAAACAGCACUUUCUGAUGAUAAAAGAAAUGAAGAAUUACUAAAUAAAGAGUCAUUGUCUUCUACGAUAAUAGGAACAAUAAAGGAAGAAGAAAUAGAUGACACUGAAAAAAUAUGUUCUGAUAAAGAAAUAAAGCAAGAAAUUAAUAUUUUUAAAUCAGAAGAUAAAUUAAAGUCUGAAGAAUCAGACUCAUUGGACAUUGGUAGUGAUAAACAUAAUAAAAAUGAAAUAUCAGAACAAUUAACAAAAAUUGAUAAGAAUAUAGAAAUACCAACAACAUCAAAAUGUAUGGAGGAUGACGUUUCUCAGGAUGCUCAAAGUAAUAGUUUUUCUAAUUUAAAUGAAUCAGAUUGUACAAUGAGGAUUAAGAAAGAACCUUGUGAUGUGGAGUCUACAUCAACGGUAGUUGAUGAUAACGAGGAAUGUCGUUAUUUCAAAGCUGAUAAUGAAAAAUCGGAAAAAUUCUCUAGUUUUCUAGAAUCACUGGAAUUAGUAAAGAAUAGUUCCUUAGAGGAUAUUAUAGAAAGUUUAGGAGGGCAAGUUGUAUCUUCAAUGCCAAAAACAAUGGCACCACCUUUACCGAAACGCAAACACUCGUCUAGCCCGUUAACAGAUAUAUUGUUAAAUAAUUCAAAUAAUAAUAAUGAUGGUCAUAACAAAGCAUUGAAUUUGCCUGGCGAAGAUGCGUUAAAUAAUGUAAAGAAAAGGAAACUUGUUGUUCAAAAGAAGCAAAGGCUUCAGUCAAAUGUAUGUGCUCCGCAGGGAUUUUUAAAUGGAGAAAAUUUUGUUAUGCCUCUAAGUCCAGAAAGUGACGUGUCUGCAACUAGCGAAAAAAUACCAUCAUCAAAUCUAAUUAAAGAAGACAAAGGCCGGCAUAGAAGCAGUCAACGUUACUCAAGUGAUGACUUAUACAAACCACGUCCAUUAUUUUCAAGUUCUUCUCGCAGAAGUAGGAGAUCUAAUCAGGUAUAGCUAGUAGCUCGUACUUUCAGAUGUUAAAUUACCUUUUACUUUAUGUAAUACAAAAACGAAUCCUGGUUGUUAAUUCUAGUAACACAUUCUACAUUCUACUUGGAUCAAAUAUUUUUGAAUUUUAAUUAAUACAAAUACUAGUGCGACCAAACAAAAUCUGUAAAUUAUUACAUACAUUAUAGUAUCUUUAAAGCUUAUUCUAAAUUGUAUUAUAUGCAGAAAAGUUCAAAUUAAUAUCUUUAAAACCAUUUAAAAUAAUUGUAUUAGAAAAGUUGAAAAAGAUUUAAAUGGGUUGACGUUCUUUACAUUUAUUAUGAAUUUUAGAAAGGAAAUUUUCAUUGCACUUAAUGAAAAAAUUCUAACUAUUUUAAACAAUUAUUGUCAAAUUAUAUAACUUGAACAAUAGUUGUUU